GGGGAGGAGACAGCGAGUUGUUUCAGACUAGGGAGAGUGGAGGAAGGAAAAAAAAAAAAAGUCGGUGUGAAAGAGAAAAUGGGAAACUGACUGAUAUACUGCGAAUGGCGAUCCUCGGGAGACCAGAUGACACACUAACAGAAGGAUAAAACGUUGCCAAAAUCAUCAACUCGGCAGAAGAUAGUGCGUAUGUAACAGAGAGACGCAGAGUGCUGUUUCUCUGCCGUGUUUAGGAUUGUAUCGUUCGCUCCUGGGAUAGACAGGAAAGCGCUGUUUCGGAACUCAGCUGCACCCCGUCCCGUGUCGCUAGUGGAAGAAGUGAGCAACUCUCCAAACUCAGCGCUGUCGGAGCAUUUGGAGUGAUCGUGGAAAGAGAGAACUCAAUCCAGCCGGUGAUCGGACAGUAGGGAGCAACAAGAGCGCUGAACAUUUGACAAAAAAGAUAACCUUUUGGAGAGGGGGGUGAGGGAGAGGCCGAGUCUCGCCACUUUUGAACUGACAACUUUAACCAGCUCGCUCUGUUAGGAGCAGAUAACUUUCACCAUGAAAACCCAGGGGGACUCGGGGUUUGCGUUCCCAGACUGGGCCUAUAAGCCGGAGUCCAGUCCUGGCUCCAGACAGAUCCAGCUGUGGCACUUCAUUCUGGAGCUGCUGAGAAAGGAGGAGUAUCAUGAUGUGAUUGCCUGGCAGGGGGACUACGGAGAGUUCGUGAUCAAAGACCCUGAUGAGGUGGCCAGGCUGUGGGGCGCCCGCAAGUGCAAACCUCAGAUGAACUACGACAAACUCAGCCGAGCUCUCAGGUAUUACUACAACAAGAGGAUUCUACAUAAAACUAAAGGAAAACGCUUCACCUACAAGUUUAACUUCAACAAGCUGGUCCUGGUCAACUACCCUUUUAUUGACAUGGGGUCUGGAGGAGCAGCUGUUCCUCAGAGUGCUCCACCAGUGCCAACAGGUCCUCAUUUCCGGUUCCCUCCAUCCACCCCGUCAGACGUGCAGGUGUCUGAGGUGCUGCGGUCCCCCAGCAGUGAGGAGCUGCGCAGUCCUGGGAUGUUCAGCGGGAUGGGCCGUCGCAUAGCCCGUGGGUCUGUCUCCGACUGCAGUGAUGGGACAUCCGUCAACUCGGAGAUCGAAGAAGGCAACGGAGGAGCGACAGAGGAGAGAGUGACAGAAAGAGUGGCAGAGAGAGGAGGAGGAGGUUUUCGAGGUGCAGUUCAUCCUCGUUUGUCUCACGAGGCUAUGUUCAGGAUGUACGGUGGACAUGGAGGUCACAGAGGUCAUCGGGUGUCAGAGGUUGCCGGGCACAGGGUUCAUCCCGAGCCUCUCUCACCAUUUACUGGAGGGUCAGGUCUGUUGGCGCCACCUCUCUCCCCGGCACUCUCAAUGACCCCAGGCUCUCACCUGCCCUACAGCCCCUCCCCUACUCUGUCGCCCAUGCCUGGCUCCAUCUUCUCUUUUAACCCUGAAGACAUGCAACGCUACCUGCAGGCUCAUACCCAGAGUGUCUACAAUUACCAUUUGAGCCCUCGUGCCUUCUUCCAUUACCCAAACAUCAUCGUUCCUCAGCCUCAGCACCCCGACAAAGGCAUGCCCGGGCCCCAGGCCUGUGAUCGUGGCCCAGCUGAUAGGCCCUCUGUGCUCAGCAGCCACCACUCCAGCCUCCCCCCGCCUCAUGCUCACCCAAUGCACCACCACCUGGGGGAGGACCAGCACCAUUCACCCUUCAAGUUCAAGCUCCAGCCUCCUCCACUGGGCCGAAAGCAGCGCGAAGUUCAGGGGGGUCAAUGUCAGGGUAGGCAGGGGUCACUGUCCUCCACAUCUACAUCUGGACUGGGCUCCUCCUUGUCAUUCGGCAGUGACCUUAGUUCAGCCGGCGGAUCGGGAUUGGUGUCCAACUCCUCCUCAACUGGCUCGCUAAACAGCGCUGGGCUGCCUAAGAUUAAGGUUGAACCCAUAUCUGACAUUGAAUCAGAAGAGGAAGUUGAAGUGACUGACAUCAGUGAUGAGGAAGCUGAUGAGAGAGAUGAAGAGUUUAAAGUUUUCCCACCUCACUAUCAUAAACACCAUCAUCAUCACCACCACCAUAAUCACUAUACGCACAACCAAAAGAACCAUCAUCCCAAUGGCACUGAUGCCCCUCUCCACCCUGAUGAGGACUUAGAGGAGGAGGUGUUCAAAGCUCCCGCCCCUCCGCCUUUCUUCAUCCCUGCCACCUCUUCUUCAGGUGAUGGCCGCCGGGGUAACACUGUUGUGAAGAGCGAACCUGUAGAGCCAGCAGACACGCAGUUGCUGUCCGCUGGGCUGCCGCAAAUACACUCCCAGUGUAUCCCACUGAAGCUCCGGUUCAAACGGCGUUGGGACCAGGACCAGCACAUGGAAGAGGCAGAAGAUAAGAAAGUGAGAGGAGUAGAGAGAGGGAGAGAGAGGAAUGGAGACGCAGAGGAGAGUGGAAGUGGGAGUGGAGAGGCAGAGAGCCCACCUCCUCUUGCUCAUCACAGAGUUGGUGCCGAGCUGCACCGAGCCACGGCACAGCUGUCACUGGAGAACAAGGACUGCUGAUAUACAAACACAUCAACACAUUUACAUGACUGCUGAUACACAACACUCUAUACAACUGCUGAUGGACCCACACUCACAUGUUACUCUUUAGAGUUCAGAGACUGCUGAUACUGACAAACACGGCUUUCUAUACUGACACGUACACUUAAAGAGAUAGUUUACUCAAAAAUGAAAAUUCUGACAUCAUUUACUUACCCUCAUGUUGUUCCAAACCUGUAUGACUUUCUUUCUUCCGUGAAACACAAAAGCUGUUAGACAGAAUCCUAUACAAUUAAAGUCACUGAGGCUAACAUUUUGCCUAACAUCUCCCUUUGUGUUUCCAAGGAAUUAAGAAAGUCAUACAGGUUUGAAACAACAUAAGGGUGAGUAAAUGGUAACAGACUUUUCAUUUUUGGGUGAACUAUCCCUUUAAAACUUGCUGCACAUUUAGACUAACUGACCCUUGCUUAAUCUAAUCCCCGUUCCCCAUGUUCUCCUCCUUCCUCUGCCAUCCUGUGUGCUUCAGUCAGCUCUUACUGAGGGGCUCACCAACACACGUUCCAGUGCAUCUCAGUAUGACCAUCAUAAGGAAUCAGUUCACCCAUGUGCCCCACCGACCCUCAGGAGUCAUGAACUUUGACCUUUGGCACUAGAGAAUAUUAUAUUUUUUUUAAAAGAGAUUUUAUUUUGCAAAGUGCCUGUGAGCUAUCCCCCAAAACCCCACAAACAGAGAGAAAGAAAUGAGUGGAAGGACUCAGUGGGUUGACUAGUCUGGUUUGAGGGGUUUGAUCUUUGUUUUUAGCAAUUCCCAGCAUUAUAUUCCUCAGUGACAGACUAUCAAUCUCUAUGAUGUGGUGUUAUACAAAUGCAAAGGGAGUCACAAACAGACACUGUUCUAAAACCAGCCUGGUCAGAAGUCAGAACCCUCAGGGACAAACUCCCCCCAACACACACACACACGCAUACACACAGAUAUCCCUUGUUCUUUAUAUGAAGCCUGAACAGAUUGUUGAAACCGUGUGUCACAAUUGAGCAUUUGUGCAGAAAACGUGUAUGAUUGCUGAGUGUGAAUGAACGUGUGUUUUGGAAAUCUAGCUGUGUGUACGUUCUCAGGAUAUCUCCCUCCACUUCUUUCUAUCCAAACUAUCAAAACCUUCAAACUCUCUCUCAAAUUGUGUCCUCUUUCACUCUCACUUUUUCUUUGGGACCAUUCCUGAAUCACUUUCAUUCCAUUCCAUUCGGGUGUCGGGGUUUUGGAUGAAAUGACUUGGGCAUAACACACAGUUCAGAGACCAUACUCUCAAAUUUCUUAAACAGCUAGUUCCUUAAUCGGUAAGUCUUUUAACCAAAUGACUGAAGGCAAUACACAUUAGGGAGUUUAUUACAAGAUUCCCUUGUAUAGUCAGUCCUUUUGUGCAAACUAAACCAGCAUCACACACAAGCACACGCGCAAAUCUUGUACAGUAAUACUAGAUUCACCAAGACUCAAUAUUCAACCAUUUUGGCACUUGAUGAUGCGUUAAGAAUAUAUUUAGUUUUUACCCUUGAGAACCAAGUGCAGGUUUUGGGUCCUGAUUGAUCAUCCAGUCUUUAGGCCAUGUCCACACUAAUACAGUAUGUUUAGAAUGGCGUUUUUCUCCGUCAGAGCUCUCGAAUGCUCUCCGUUACUGCGUACUUUGGAAAACAAAAACUGAAAACAGAGUGGAUUAGUGUGGACGUGGCCUUAGCCAUAUUGCGUAUUACAACAGCAAGUCUAGCCCUGGACCCCGAUGCGAUCUGAUUGUGGAGGGAAGUAAAAUCAUAGUAGGCAUCAAUAGAUUGAAAUUGGGUAAAAUCCCUAAUAUCAGACUUUUAAAUGCUAAUUUAAGUAGAGAAGGACUGUAGAAGACAUGUGGCCAGAAGUCUCUCCCUCACACACACACACUCACACUCACACUCACACACACAGGCCUCUUAUGCCUUGUUUUACUAGCAUGACUAAAAAGGUUAAAGGAAAAACAAAUAUCUUAAAAAAAAAGUACAGUAUACACUCUAUACCUUUAUAUAUUAUGUGUUAAACAUACUGUAAAAAUGUUUUGUUAAAAGCAUAGCAUUAACAAAUAUAUUCAGGGGGUUUUGUAACAUAUUUUGUUUCGAGGGGAAGGUUGACACUUCUCCUCACGGAAAAUGUUGCCGUUUAGGUAAGGGAGGAAAUUGUUGCUUUUUUAACCAGGUAAAUGACAUGUAGGUUAGAGUGAAAGACAGAAUUGUACACAAAACUCUAAUGAAGCACGAGAGCUUUGUACCACGGAUGAUGUGGCACAUUCGGUUCUUUAACCAGCAUGCACCUCCUCAGCAUCCUGUUCUUACUGCCACAACUGAUGUGUGUGUGUGUGUGUGUGUGUGUGUGUGUGUGUGUGUGUGUGUGUGUGUGUGUGUGUGUGUGUUUGAGAGCAUGUGUGUUUUUGACAGAGGCAUGAAUGUCAGUCCACCCCAAAGGCUUUAAUUAAUUUGAAAUCUUGCAUCAUGAGCCUCAUAAACCUGUGUGCACUAAAGCCUUGUGGAGGGCAAAGUUGAGCAUAGGUCACGUCUCUUGUCUCUGAUACCAAAAUGGUAGAUUGGACAGAAUUGCACUGUUUAUUGUUAACAGAACUGGCAACAGUGUCGACCUCCUCAGUGUGUUUGACUCUUUCUAGCUGCCUUACUCCCCCUUAAAUCAGAAUUGAUUAUGUUUAAGGUGUUCACCUACAACUUCACUGCUUUUUGGAUGAAUCCAGACUUUACUUAAAGGGAUAGUUCACCCAAAAUGAAAAUUCUGUCAUCAUUUACUCACGAGAAACAAAUAAGAAACAAUGUCAUAUGGGUCUGGAACUACAUGCAGAUUAGCAAUGAUGACAGAAUAUUCAUUUUAGGGUGUACCAUCCCUUUAAGAUGCACUUGUUUAAUGCCCUGGCAUACCUCAUAAUAUGAGAGGUGGAGUUAAAUUAGAGAUAGAGUGUAUGUCUACAUACGCUUGGGACAAAGAGUGUGCAUCCUUUUUCUUCAGGUGGGAAGAUAUUCGUUUUAUUCCUUAGGCUACUCCCAUUGGUUAUUUUAGAAUCCCACCAACAAGUCAGAUUAUGUUUUGAUGAGUUAUGUUUUUUUUUCUCAACCUGUUUAUCUCCUUUCUGAUGUCAGUGUUGCUGCUCACCAGAAUUAUUAGUAGUUAAUAUCAUUAUUAUUUUGUUGAAUUUUUCUUCCUCACAUUGUAGUCAUUAUAACAUUAUAUACAUUACUGUAAGAAAUCCUUCGAAGAAUGUCCCACCCUGCCUUCCCAGUGAGCAACCCAACAGUGUGAUUAGUGUAACAUUUAAAAAUGUGUAAAUUAACGUAAAACUGUAACUUUAAUAUGGGUGUUUGUUGUGGAGAGAUAUAGGAUGGAGGACGGGCAUUUGGGGGAGGUUCGGGGUUAUGAUUUGAACUCAAGUCAUGUAAUUGUUAUUUUGUAGUGUUACUGAUUUCUUGCUCUUGUAAAAUAUUUUCAUUGGGGGAUUGUAUGAUUUUAAAAGAUAUAUUGUGUAUUGUUUUAUUGUGUAUAAGUCUCUAUCUCUCUCACUUCCUUUCUUUCCCAAAAUUUUAUUUCUGUGGUUCCAUAACUCAUAACAGGUUUUAAUACUAUGAUGUAACAUUUGAAUUCCUCCUUUAUUCAUUUUUGUGUUCUUUUUUCAGAAUAGUAAUUCAAAUGUAAUCAGGGUCGAUUAAACUGGUUUAAAUGCCAUCUGAUUCUCUUAGAGUUCUGCAACUUUUUUUUGUCUCUUUACUCCAAACAUUAGUAAAUUGUUGAAAUGCUUGUAAUUUCUCCUUUCCAGAGUUUAGUAAAAGAGUUAGAGGGAGAUUUCAAAUUGGGAUUGUUUUACCUUAGUAAAUAAACAUAAUUCCAU